AUGAAUGCGGCAAAUGCCCCUGCGACCGUGAGGAUAUCCGGCCCACCAAACAGUAGCUUCCUGGUGGGCUACCCCGGUAUCUCCGCGACUCUGCCUAGAAUCGUUGGCAAAGUCGAAAUCCGCCCCGGCGCAGGCUUCUCAGCACCCGUGAACGUUUCCAUGGUGCGCAUCUGUCUUCAGCGACGCGAGACGAUACAUCCGGCCGCCGAAAAUGUUGCAAAACGACACCUUGGGACGCCGCGACGGGAAACAGUAGAUUUGGUGGGGAAGGAGGUGCUACUCUUUCGAUGCGUGUCGGGAAAAGAGGCGGAGAGUGUGAUCGCGAUGGACCUGCCAUUUCAAAUAUUCAUUCCGUUCGGGCGCAGCGGCGAAGAGACGAACCGCCGGAUCCCCCCUGCAAGCAUACAACUACCCAGCCGAAUCGCCGAGACAUAUUACGAGCUCGUAGUCACCGUCCAACAGGGGUCCAGCAUGCAGAACCGCUAUACUUUCCCCAUUCCGCUCCAGCGGUACGACACCCUCUCGACCUUCGGCAUGUACAACCGACCAGAAACGAGGGCGGCAACGGCGGACCAUAUAGUGACUCUAGGCAUAUCGCUUCCAAAAUGGAGCUACGGACCCCUCGACCCCAUCACAGUCUAUGUCAAGCUCUCGCCGAACCCGGACUACCUUAACAAAGCGAAAAGGGUGACGAUCCAGAAGCUCACUCUCACCAUCGAGGAGGAGAUUACAUUCAACCCCGAAGGAGACGAGCCAACGAAGAAGAUCAACAAGAUCGCCAAACACACCCAGGCCGUGGGGACGAAGAUGCCCGAGACCGGCUAUAUCACCAAUCUAGGGCUCGUCCUCCCGGCCCGAGACCUAAGAGAUCCGGACGGCAUAAUAAAAAGGGGCAAGCCCGCAUUUCCCAUGUACGAGGUGACGAGCUUCUCGACGACCUCCACAUUAUAUAAAGUUGAAUUCUUUUUAAGCAUCAAGGUGCGACUUCUCCGGAUGAGUUUUCUCGCUCUUUUUUUCUCACAAGUUCUAGGCCCACAUGACUUCCGCUAG